AAGCGGGGGGCGGAGCUGUCGCAAGUCCAGCUCGAGGGAAGCCCCCGACGGGCAGCGCGUGCGCAGUCUCUCGCCACGGGACCUCCUUCCCGCCGCUGAGACUAGGAAGCCGGACGCCAAAUCAGUCCCCGCGCAGCCGCCACCGCCGGGCGCCGAGCGGGGCGGCCGCCCUCCCCGAGGCGCGCCUGCGCACGUCCCCACGCACGCUCAGGCGUACGGCGGCGGCCAGGGGUCGCGAGCCGGUGGAGGACCCGUGCGCGGAGGAGCCCGAAGAGUCAACGCUUCUUCCCUCCCUCCCCCAUUCCCCUCCCCGCUCCCUCCCCCCCCUCCCCGAGAAUGUUCCGCUACGAGUCUUUGGAGGAUUGUCCUCUGGAUGAAGAUGAAGAUGCAUUUCAGGGCCUGGGAGAGGAAGAUGAAGAGAUUGAUCAAUUUAAUGAUGAUACAUUUGGGUCAGGUGCAGUUGAUGAUGAUUGGCAGGAAGCACAUGAGCGCCUGGCUGAACUGGAAGAGAAGCUCCCAGCGGCCGUUAAUGAACAAACAGGCAAUGGAGAAAGGGAUGAGAUGGACUUGUUGGGUGACCAUGAGGAGAAUCUGGCAGAAAGGCUCAGUAAGAUGGUGAUUGAAAAUGAACUAGAAGAUCCAGCUAUCAUGACGGCUGUGCAGACCAGGCCAGUUUUGCAACCCCAACCAGGAAGUCUCAAUUCCAGCAUCUGGGAUGGAUCUGAAGUUCUGAGGCGAAUCCGAGGACCGCUGCUUGCUCAGGAAAUGCCUGCAGUGUCUGUAUUAGAAUAUGCCUUGCCUCAGAGGACCCCACAGGCCCCCGAAGACGAUCGGGACCUUUCUGAGCGUGCAUUACCACGGCGGUCAACGUCACCUGUCAUUGGGAGUCCUCCUGUUAGAGCUGUCCCCAUAGGCACCCCACCCAAGCAGAUGGCUGUACCCAGCUUCACCCAGCAGCCUGUGCAGUCCUGUUCCAUAGACUUUCCUCCACCUGAAACCAGCAGCUGCAAAGGAAGGCCAAUUUGGAAGAUUCUGUGCCCGAAACCUGUCCAUGUUCGGCCCCCAAUGCCACCGCGUUAUCCUGCUCCCUAUGGUGAGAGGAUGUCUCCAAACCAGCUCUGCAGUGUCCCGAACUCUUCCCUACUGGGUCACCCUUUCCCUCCUAGUGUUCCUCCUGUUCUCAGCCCCCUCCAGAGAGCACAGCUUCUUGGAGGAGCACAGCUGCAGCCUGGACGGAUGUCUCCCAGCCAGUUUGCACGGGUCCCUGGAUUUGUUGGCAGUCCACUUGCUGCUGCCAUGAAUCCCAAAUUGCUGCAAGGGCGAGUUGGGCAGAUGCUUCCCCCCGCACCAGGCUUCCGUGCCUUCUUUAGUGCUCCACCCCCCGCUACCCCACCUCCUCCACAGCAGCACCCCCCUGGCCCAGGACCUCACCUGCAAAACCUAAGAUCUCAGGCCCCAAUGUUUAGACCAGACACAACUCACCUUCAUCCACAGCACCGUCGACUCUUGCAUCAGAGACAACAGCAGAACAGAAAUCAGCAUCGGAACCUCAAUGGUGCGGGAGAUAGAGGAAGUCACCGGAGCAGUCAUCACGAUCAUCUCCGGAAGGAUCCAUAUGCCAAUCUCAUGUUGCAGCGAGAAAAGGAUUGGGUCUCUAAAAUCCAGAUGAUGCAGCUGCAAAGCACUGAUCCCUACCUGGAUGAUUUUUAUUAUCAGAAUUACUUUGAAAAACUGGAGAAACUGUCAGCUGCUGAAGAAGUGCAAGGUGAUGGCCCUAAAAAGGAGCGCACCAAGCUCAUUACCCCUCAGGUGGCCAAACUGGAGCACACCUAUAAGCCAGUGCAGUUUGAGGGCUCUUUGGGAAAGCUGACUGUCUCCAGUGUGAAUAAUCCCCGAAAAAUGAUUGAUGCUGUUGUGACAUCUCGGAGUGAAGAUGAUGAGACAAAGGAAAAACAGGUUCGGGACAAGAGACGAAAAACCCUUGUCAUAAUUGAGAAAACCUAUAGUUUACUCCUGGAUGUGGAGGAUUAUGAAAGGCGGUAUCUCCUAAGUCUAGAAGAAGAGCGACCAGCCCUGAUGGAAGAAAGAAAACACAAAAUUUGCAGCAUGUAUGACAACUUAAGGGGGAAAUUGCCCGGUCAAGAGAGGCCAAGUGAUGACCACUUUGUACAGAUCAUGUGUAUCCGAAAAGGGAAGAGAAUGGUUGCCCGCAUUCUUCCUUUCCUCUCCACAGAGCAAGCAGCUGACAUUCUCAUGACAACAGCUAGGAGCCUCCCUUUUCUCAUCAAGAAGGAUGCACAAGAUGAGGUGCUGCCAUGCUUACUGAGUCCCUUCUCUCUCCUCGUCUAUCAUCUUCCAUCAGUGACUGUCACCAGCCUUCUGCAACAGCUGAUGAACCUACCUCAGAGCGCAGCUGCACCAGCACCCUCUAAUCCCCACCUCACUGCUGUGCUCCAGAACAAGUUUGGCCUGUCACUGCUCCUCGUCGUCCUGAGCCGUGGGGAAGACCUACAGAGUUCAGACCCUGCUGCAGAAUCAACGCAAAACAACCAGUGGACGGAGGUGAUGUUCACAGCAACCCAAGAACUUCUGCGCAUCCCCCAGGCAGCCCUGGCCAAGCCAAUCUCUAUACCCACAAACCUAGUAUCCCUCUUUUCUCGCUAUGUUGACCGACAGAAACUGAACUUGCUGGAGACAAAACUGCAGCUAGUUCAGGGGAUACGAUAAAAGAUCUCCAAUUGUGUCCUGUACCUACUUUUGGCUGCCACCUGCACUGCUGCCAUCACCAAUGGAGUGUUUUUAAUGAGGGAGGGAAGGUAGCUUAUUCCCCAAAGCAUCUUGUGGGACCGAUUCCUGUUCACAGGGGUUGUCUCUAAAUGCCAGGUAUUUCCCCACUGCUCUGUGAAAUUUGGCUGGGUGAUACUUCUGCUGGUUUCUUCUUACCUUCUGUGUUACAAUUCUGCAUGUCCUACUUUUACUCAAUUCUCAAUUUUGCAUUUUCUUUGCCCUAGAGACACAAAUAUAAUCUCUCCCUUUAUCCCACCACCACUAUUCCAGUUCAGAGUAGAUUGUAGUCUGCCAAAGGAUUCCUUCCCUCAUCCUAUUGAAGUCUUUUUUCAUUGCCCCAUAUUAAUAUGACUAUAGGAGAGCCAAUUAAGUAGAAACGAAUAUACAUGUAUGCCUGCACACACACCGCUCUACAUAUGUUGAUGUGGUCUCCAGAGGAUCCGUAAAGAAUGAGUUUUAGAUUGAGAAGUAUUUAGUUGACACAUCCUUCCUCUAAACACAAACCAGCUGAUGUAUUUUUAAUCUGUUUCUAGUCCAUCUUGUAAUUAACUUGGUGGGUUCGACUUAUUUUAAUAUAAAUAGAGGGUAUGCAGCACAUUUAAUAAAAUCAGAACUCUUAAUUGGCUGAUGCCCAACUCUAGGCUGAGAAGUCCUUUCUCUCCUCCCCAUAUUUCCUUUGUUUCUGUCCUCAAUGGAAACAGCACACAGUUAAAACUUUUCCUGUGCUACAGCCAGAGUGUACUUGAGCCUUCCCCUCAAGUGCAUGGAAGGUUGUUCAAGACGAUCCUAACUUAGAGCCUGCUUCCACAGUGUAGCCUUUGCACACUCGCUCUGUCUUCCUGAGACUACUUCAGUAAGCCAUGCUUUUCCUUCUCUCCCCUCUUUUCGUUUGGUGUCCUGGGUAGAAACCUCCAAAUGUAACCAUGGAAGCUAAGUUUGGUUUGCUUGGCUCUUCAGUCUGCUCCACACCAUGGGCAGAACUGCUGUCCUUGCUACUUCCUCUGACCCAAGUCCCAUUCCCAGGCAGCCUGGGACCUGGGUUUGAAUCCUAGCAGGGACGGCCCACCGUGAUCCUUUUCACUUAUCCUUCUCCCAUGCAGCAUUCAAGCAGGAUACGGGGUUUGGAUCCCUGGUGAUUAUAGCCCUCAAGAAAAUUAAAUCUGGAUUAAUUUUACAUGACUGUCCUGACACUCUCUUUACUGUUCUCACCCUUUCGAAUGUAGUGGGGGGGACAGGUUAUAAUAUUUAAACGGAAUAAACAUUUUGCACAUACAUGUAUUGUACAACAGUAAAAUCCUCCAUUAUAACCAGCUGUCCUUGUUCUCCAUCUCCAUUUCUUCCUGUUCUGUAGCUCCAGGCUCCACCAGCUGUUCCCCAGUGACAUUACCUAGCUUCCCUCUGCCAUUACCUACUGACUUUUUCCACCAUGCGCCUUCCUUACCUUCCCUUCACAACUGAUCAAGUGAAUACUUGAUUAUUAUUUCUUCCUUUCUGUGCUUUAUCUUUUUUGUUUGGUUCUAAUUAAUAAAAAUUAAAGUUUCUAAAUUUACAUUUUUAUAGGGCAUUGUAAAUAAAAACAAAUUGUAUACUU